UUGACAGAGUUGAUGGUUCUUGGAUUUAUUUCACUACUGUUGACAUUUGGGCAAAACUACAUAGGCAAAAUAUGCAUACCCGAAAGUGUGGCAGAUACAAUGCUGCCAUGCCCGCUUGCUGCUGCAGAUGAAGCCAAUAACAAGGGAAAUAAGAGGCGGCUUCUGUGGAGCUCAAUAAAAGAAUCUGUUUCUACUCGUAGAUCCCUCGCUCAAGCUUCCUCUAACUCUUGCCCUAGUGGGAAAAUCCCAUUUGUUUCUAUAAACGGAAUGCACCAGCUGCACAUUUUCAUAUUCUUCCUAGCAAUCUUUCAUGUCAUAUACAGUGCCCUAACAAUGGCUCUAGGAAGACUUAAGAUUAGGAGAUGGAAGCAGUGGGAAGAAGAGACACAAACCCUUAAUUAUGAGUUCUCUAAUGACCCUUCAAGGUUCAGGCUAGCACAUGAGACCUCUUUUGUGAAACAACACACCAGCUUCUGGGAAAAGCAUCCUGUUCUGCUUUAUUUUGUCUGUUUCUUCCACCAAUUUUUUAGAUCAGUUAGAAAGGCAGAUUACUUGACCCUGCGUCAUGGUUUCAUAAAUGUUCAUUUGGCGCCUGGAAGCAAGUUUAAUUUUCAAAAAUAUAUAAAAAGGUCGCUGGAAGAUGAUUUCAAGGUCGUCGUUGGAAUAAGUCCUCUCCUGUGGGCUUCUGCAGUGAUCUUUUUACUACUUAAUGUUCAUGGAUGGCAGGAACUGUUCUGGGUCUCUCUUCUUCCUCCAAUAAUUCUGUUGGUUGUUGGGACAAAACUGCAGGCUAUAAUUGGGAAGAUGGCAAUUCAAAUUAAAGACAGGCAUGCAGUUGUUCAAGGAAUACCUUUGGUUCAACUAAGUGAUUAUCAUUUUUGGUUCAAGCGGCCUCGUUUAGUUCUCUCACUAAUACAUUUCACAUUGUUUAUGAAUACUUUCCAGUUAACGUACUUCUUUUGGAUCUGGUAUGAUUUUGGUUUGAGGUCUUGCUUCCAUGAAAAUUUUAAGUUCAUCAUCAUAAGAGUCGCCCUUGGGGUGAUAGUCCAGUUCAUGUGCAGCUACGUUACUCUCCCACUUUAUGCACUUGUGUCUCAGAUGGGAUCACAAAUGAAAAGGUCCAUUUUUGAUGGGCAGACGAAUAACGCUUUGAAGAAAUGGCACCAAGCCGUGAGGAAGAGACAAAAGAAGGGAAAUUCAACUUCCCCCACCAUAACGCCAGGCUCUAGUCCAAGAACAAGCCCAUCAGCAUCCCCUGUUCACCUUCUUCAUCGUUACAGAACUAUAGGGACCUCUGAUAUGAAGCAUGAAAGAUACCACACGGACCAGGAAAAUGAAAGAUCUGAAAUGAUAGAAACCACACCUUAUUCAUCAGAUCGAGAUAAUUCUGAAACUGAGAACGACAACUCCACAAUGACAUAUAUGAUCCCGAGCUUCAAGCACAGUGCAGUGAACCCCAAGACAGCUGAAAUCCGGCUGCACGUAGAAGGAGCAAGGGAAGAAGAAUUCACCUUUGUUAAACCCACAACGGAAUAUGAAAAGAAGUCACAAGGCCUUAGCUGAAUUCUCAUUUUAGCUUCUUUUGUUAGAUGAGAAGCAUGUUACUUUGAACCACACUGGCUCUUUUACUUCAAAAUUUACACUAGUU